UUUUCCAGUGAAACACCGAAACCAUCAGAGCUCAAAACACUCUUUAACAGGUUCUUCUCUGCUUUGGUACAAGGUCCCUUCCACAUCCUAAUCCUUUCAAUCCAUCCUUCCGUCCAUUCUAUAUAUUAAUCCCUUCGUUAAAUGUAGAGAGAGUAAGAGGGAGAGGGAGAAGAUGGCGUGCCUACUGCCGCAGUUCAAGAGCCCACCUGACACCCUCUCCAUUCACUUCAGAACCCAUCAUAAUCACCACCAUCACUCCUCCAAUCUCCACCCAUUGAAAUCUAGGGAUUCCUGCUUCCGGGUACAAUCUGUCCUCUCCACCACAACAACAGCGAUGGAAACUACGGUGGUUGAUAUGGGGAAGCUGAGUUUGCCUUCUUUAGAAGCUCAUUCAAGUACUGUAGCAGGCAACCAACCCUUGACGUAUGUAAGAGCCUUUGGUCCACCAAUAAAGGAUAGUCUCGAGGCAACUUUGGCUACAGAAACACUCCUUACAGGCGAAGAAGCCACCAUAGCUGCUGCUGCUGCAGAGGCAAUUGCUCUGGCAAAAGCUGCUGUUAAGGUUGCCAAGGAUGCAGCCCUGAUGGUUGGUGGCAUCCCUUCUGCAAAAUCAGUUAGUAGGCACUCAGAUUUUCCAACUGAAGCUGACAUUCUCCGGCUUGAGAGGGCUCGGCUCAAUGAGAUGGAACAAGCCGACGAAAUAGGCCAGCCUGUGGGAUUGGAAGCUGUACAAGAUGAAGAACAUUAUGCACAAGUUCCCAUUAAAGAUCCUGACAAUUUGGAUCCAGCAGAUGAGGAUCUUGAACUUCUGCAAAUGCAUCUUUCCAAGAAUAUAGCAGUAAGAUCUGGUCGCCAAAUAGAAAGACAAGCCAGGAGAGCAAGGGCAGCAGAGAAGAUUGCUGCCAAUGUGGUCUCUGUGAAGUCUUGUUCGGCUAGUAGGAAAAAGCGUGCUGCUAUACAGGAUGUAGAUUAUUCUGAUCCCCUGCGUUACUUGAGGGGAACUACCAGCACUUCUAGGCUUCUCACUACAACUGAAGAGCUGGAGUUGUCAGAAGGAAUACAGGACCUUUUGAAGCUCGAAAGGCUCCGUGACGAGCUUGCAGAAAGAUGUGGGGGUGAACCCACUUUUGUUCAAUGGGCAGCUGCUGCUGGUGUUGACCAGAAGGCCUUGAGAAAGCGCUUGAACUAUGGUAUCUUUUGCAAAGACAAAAUGAUUAAAAGCAAUAUACGGCUUGUUAUCUCUAUUGCAAAAAACUAUCAGGGAGCUGGGUUGAACCUUCAGGAUCUUGUUCAGGAAGGAUGCCGAGGCCUUGUAAGAGGUGCAGAAAAGUUUGAUGCUUCAAAGGGAUUCAAGUUCUCAACCUAUGCACACUGGUGGAUCAAACAGGCGGUGCGGAAGUCUCUUUCAGACCAGUCCAGGACAAUUCGCUUGCCAUUUCACAUGGUUGAAGCUACUUAUCGAGUAAAAGAGGCCAGAAAGCAAUUGUAUAGUGAGACUGGAAGACAUCCAGAUAAUGAAGAAGUAGCAGAGGCUGCGGGAUUGUCUAUGAAGAGGUUAACAGCUGUGCUGCUAACGCCCAAAGCUCCUAGGUCUCUUGACCAGAAGACUGGGAUGAAUCAGGAUCUAAAACUUUCAGAAGUUAUUGCAGAUCCAAAUGCAGAAACAUCGGAGGAUUUGUUAAUCAAGCAAUUCAUGAAGCAAGAUUUGGAGAAGGUGCUAGACAGUAUCAAUCCAAGGGAGAAACAGGUGAUUAGAUGGAGAUUUGGACUGGAAGAUGGAAGGAUGAAGACACUGCAAGAGAUUGGGGAGUUGAUGGGUGUUAGCAGAGAGAGGAUCCGGCAGAUAGAGUCAUGUGCCUUCAGGAAGCUAAAGAAUAAGAAAAGAACUAUACAUUUGCAGCAGUAUUUGGUUUCUUAAGCCCCACAGGGUGCUUGGAGGUUUAAUUUCCUUUUCCUUGUUGACUGUUGUACCCAGUAGUGGCAAUAUAUCUGUCCAUUCCUUUCUCUUUGAAUCUCCCCCCCCUUCCCCUUUUUGGAUUAUAAUAAUGCACAUUGAAUUUAUUCAGUAUAAAAAGUCAGCUGUGCAGAGAAUUUAAAAUAUGA